AUGGGUUCAUCAUCAGUCGCUCUGAUGAUUGCCACGUCACUUAUGCUUUUCGGAGUGGCAUCAACACAAGAGCUCCCACAGAAAUCGAAGGAUUUGGAGAAGUUGGUGGAGGUGUUGAGAUGUUUCAAGGCGUUGAAAGAGAGUGGACAACGGACAUACGUCAGCUACGUUGGCAGCACCAUGCGUCUUUACGAUGAUGAUGGCCGCGAAGUCUCCUGCGACGCCGAGAAACAGCUCGAAAUCCGUCAACGUUCCGACCGUCGUUGCAUCUUUUCUCCGAUUCAUUGCCUGUUCGAUAGACGACUACAAACUGCAAAACUCCUUCGAAACGUUGGUAACAAGCGACUCUUUGGGGAGAAGAGACGGAAAUGA